UUUUUAUUUUCAGGGAAAAUUCUAAUCAGCAUUGAAGCCGAUCUAGCCGACAAAGUUGGCAAAGACGGCAAGACGUACUGGAACGUCAAACGAUUCUCUCACACCUACGAACUUCAGGACAAGGCUGACGUGGAAUUCGAGAACUUAUUUUCAGGGAACGACGUGUUAGGUUUGUCUGCGAGUCAAGUCAUAGCCAACAGUGGGAAUGAAAUCGUUCUUGAGGUUGGCCCACCGGUGGUCAAGGCACUGGUCACUAGGGUCGUCGUGAACAUCAAGAAGUUCUUCAGCAACGUCCCCGUAGAAGACCUAAGCUUAGACUAAACCUGAGAGAGCACUGGACUUAAAAUCAAUCAUAAAUUUUAAAGAUAAUCUCAGUCUUCACAAUGUCCCUACAGUUUAAAUGUAACUAUAGUCUGGUCCGGGAGCACGUAGAAUUUUGUCCAAUGACCCCAAGCUACCAAUCCUUAUCGCUCGCGCGUAAUUAUAUUGCUGUC